AUGGCAGCAACUGAUCUCGCUAGUGUCAAGCUUGCUCCUGACAAUCAGCAAAUAUGUGAUCAACUACUCUGUGGAUCGGAAAAUAGCUGUAAGAUGAUUUGUGAUCAUCUGGUGUACUCUCCGCAAGAAGUAUCUCUUGACAAUGCAAUUGGUGCACUUGAAUCCCACAAGGUUUCCACUUCUGCUACGCACGGCCAUGUCAAUCAAGAACAUAUGGCCUUGGUUGCUGCUGCUAAGAAUAAACAACAUCUUGGUUGCUGGAACUGCGGCCAGAAGGGCCAUCAUUUGGACAUCUGCCCCAAUCUGUCCAUAAAGAGCAAAUCCAAGCCCACCUCUAAAGCUGGGGAUGUUCUUGCGGGUGCUGUUUCUACAUUUCAACUGGGACACUACCCUUCUGAAGGCAAUGACAACAGUGACAGCUUUGAUGUAGUAUGGGGUUGA